UCUCUCUCUCUCUCAUCUAUAUACUUCCUCAUUCCCUCCCAAAUAUCUUGUUGCAAUCUGUCUUCUUGUCUUUGCUCCAUAGUAUAUGACUCGAGUUCUUUUUUGUCCAUUUUCAUAUUCCUAUACGCCAUGUAUUAUCAGCCUGACCACUUUCCUUGUUUGCAUUGCCACCCGCAUUCCUACAUUCGCCUCGUACAGCAUCUUAUAGAGAGAUGCUUGUUACUGCACAUGACCCGAGAUCAAUGCAUCAAGGCUUUGUACCGCCAUGCCGGAAUUCAUCCAAUCAUCACGUUCACAGUUUGGAGAGAACUACUAAAGGAGAAUAGGGACUUCUUUCAAGCAUAUUUCAGUGCUAUUGCUCAUGGUCAUAGCCCAUACUACGUCCAUAUUUUCGGACAAUGCCAUGGUUGGCGAGGAAUAGACAAUGGAAAGACGGGAAAGCAGCAAAGUUCUGUAGGAGAAGUUAUGUUUGGGGUCAAUCAUAGCUUCACUUUUUCAGGGUUUUUAUUAUGUUGAUUUCAUUGUGUCACUUAUCUCAUGAUGAAAGAUCACUUAGCAAAGUUCUGUAGUUAAUUUACUAAUUUCAGCAUCUUAUUAUAUAUGGAGAAACAUUACUCUCGCAA